UGCUUUAAAUACGGAUAGAAUGAUUUAGAUGUUUCCCCCAGACCAUUAAUCCUGUUUUCGGUGGUGAUGUCUCCACCGAGCACCCGUCUUAGCUCCCAGUCGAAGAAUUGCUAUCUGGGGUUAGCAUGGCAGUUUGAUGAUUUUAGCACACUUUAGGACUAAAAGUAAACAUACAAGCUCCGGGGCCGCUACGAAUCCACCAAACGUGACAUAAAGCUUAGAUUUAGACGCCCAGUUGGUGACAUUUGGCUGUGUUAAAGCGACCCCCGACGGGAGAGAAAGACGCUCCGGAUGGCUAGCUUCUGUCCCAACUUUUUUUUUUCUUCCCUCGAAGUGUCCCAACACUCGGCGUGAAUAAAACGUCACCCGGCUACAGGGAUGUUUAUAUGAAAUGAGAAAAACCAAAUAAAAUCCACAUCAUUGAUGAUGAUGCUGGAGGGUACACGACGGAUAAAGUUAGCAGCAGCAAGUUUGAUCACAAGUUUGCUGGCUAACAUGAGUGCUAACCUCCAGCUAGCAUUUAGGCGAUUUCUAUCAUGUCUGUGACUAAAGCCACGCUAUACUUUUGCGCGUUUGCGUCUUUUUAUUUCAUUGAAUCUGCAAUGGAAAUAUGUUGACGUGUGAGGGGAGGGGUAGCUGUGUGUUCAUAGUAAAGCAAACGUCUGCGGCUUAGCAAUCACGACGGUUCAAGGAAACGCUGUGAUUUGUGCUGUUUAUUUCCUAAUGCUGGGCAAUUUCAUGUAGUUUACUAGAACUAGAAACCCUUUUGUUUCCUGUAGUAACAUUCGAUGUCCCUGCGGCUCUUUUAUUUUGCAUCAUUUUAAUCACGUAGGCUUCCUGGGCGCCGUCUGUCCUGGCUGGUUUAGUAGGCAGGCACACGUACGGAAUGACUCAAUGUUGUCGGUAUCGGAUGUGUAAUAUUGUGUGUAAUAUUGUUGUGAAGAAGUGUUGUGGCUGUGGGCUUUUUGUGUGUGUGUGUUGUAUAUGUGGUCAUAGAGAGAGGUGGCAGAAACAUCAUCGUUGUUGUCAUCACUUGCACGGCCUGGUUUGCGUACCGGGGGACGGGACAAAGGCUGGACCAAUCAGGAGGUGGCCUUUCUCUUUUUAGAUCUUUACCACCAUCAACAAACAUGGAAAUGGCACGGUCAAAGGUAUUGCCAGCGUUUGGUGUGUGGAGAUGCUUUUAACAGACAUCGUUCUGGAGGACUCGGGAACGCUGCACUGGCCUGGAGAAGCCUCAUAAACUCUUUAUCCAGCACACACUUUUUUUUUUUAAGACGAGGAGACUCUUACUCCUACAUGCUGUGAGAAAGGACACAGACUUUUCACCUGUACCUUGAAUACACAGAGUAUUUUUGGCGUGGAAGCUCCUCCGUUUUUUAUCGUCUGCCUGUCCCAUCUCGACCGCCACAAUGCCAAGCUCCACCAUCCGUCGGCAGAUGAAGAACAUGGUGAACAACUACUCCGAUGCAGAGAAGAAAGUCCGAGAGGCCACCUCCAACGAUCCCUGGGGCCCCUCCUCUUCGCUCAUGUCUGAAAUCGCCGACUUAACCUACAAUGUGGUGGCCUUCAGCGAGAUCAUGAGCAUGAUCUGGAGACGGCUCAACGACCAUGGCAAGAACUGGCGCCAUGUCUACAAAGCACUCACUCUCCUCGACUACCUGAUCAAGACUGGCUCAGAGCGAGUAGCCUUGCAAUGCAAGGAGAACAUCUUUGCCAUCCAGACCCUGAAGGACUUCCAGUACGUUGACCGAGAUGGUAAGGACCAGGGCAUCAAUGUGAGGGAGAAGAGCAAGCAGCUAGUGGUCCUCCUCAAGGAUGAAGACCGUCUCAAAGGAGAGAGGUCUCAGGCUUUGAAGACCAAAGAGCGCAUGGCCCAGGUGUCCACCGGGAGUAGUCAGAUGGGCUUCGGUCGAGGCUCGUCCCAGCCCAACCUCUCCACUUCAUACAGCGAAGAGUACGGCAGGUCAGAGGGCUCGCCUGCCUCCUACCAUGGCUCCACAUCUCCCAAUGCGGGCUCAGAAUUGGAGCAGGCUCGGCCUCAGACCAGCGGGGAGGAGGAGCUACAGUUGCAACUCGCUCUGGCCAUGAGCAGAGAGGCAGCAGAGCAGGAGGAGCGCAUACGCCGGGGAGAUGAUUUGAGACUACAGAUGGCCUUAGAGGAGAGCAAGAAAGAAGGUCCAGGCUCGGGCAAACUGGCCAGAAAGAAAAAAGAACCCCAGUCGUCUCUGAUGGAUUUGAUGGAUGUCCCCGAGCCAGGUGCUACUGCCGACCCAUGGGGGGCGGGAGCUACAGCCAAAGGAGACCCCUGGAAGCCUUACGGUUCUACGCCUAAGGUGGCAUCCUCGGUGGACCCUUGGGGGGCUCCUACCUCCGUUCCCCCCAUGAAGAGCAGUGAUCCCUGGGCACCAAACUCCACUCCUGCAUCUGAUCCCUGGGGAUCAGCACCGACCCGGGCCAAGGCUUCCAACACAGGUAGCUUUGACCUGUUCAGUGAAUCCAAUGGUACGUCCAAAGAGGACUUCUCAGAGUUUGACAGCCUGCGCUCCUCCUCCUCUGUCCCUGCUGGUGAUGGUGGAAUAGCGUCUUCUAUUCCAUCCCAAGCCAGCCUUGCUAGCAGCGGCAGUCUGGACAUCUUCGACCCCCUUCCCACCUCUAUUUCUACCACCACAAAUGCCACCAGGAAGACUCCGGAGUCCUUCCUGGGACCCAAUGCUGCCCUGGUCAAUUUGGAUUCUCUGGUGACCAAGCCGACCCAACCCGCGCCAGCGUUCAACCCAUUCCUGGCUUCAACAGGUGGCGCCGCCCCAGCAUCGGCUGCCCAUGCCAAUCCCUUCCAAGUGAGCCAGCCCGCCCCCCCGACCCUCAACCAGAUGCGGGUCAGCCCCAUGCCUUCCGGGUUCGCUGCCGGCAUGGGCGAUUCUUUGGCCAUGUCCUCCUUACCCACCCAACCCGUCACCAUGGUCCCGUUGGCGGGCAUGGCCCCUGUGGGCCACCCGUUGCCCGGAAUGGGGAUCGGCGCCAUGGGUGGCAUGGGCACAAGCGCAGGGAUUCCCGCCUCCAUGUCCAUGCCUCAACCCCUGAUAAGCAUGCCGCCCCAGACUGGGGCUCAGCCCACCGGAGCCACCAACCCGUUCCUCUUGUGAGGGGCGGCAUCUAACCCCCACACCGUCUUCUUCUCCCCCCCUUCCUGAACAAGAUGUCUCGUCCCAUUUAGCCCUUUUCUAAGCAACUUCCAGCGAGGUCGUAGAUGACAUGUGACAUCCUUUUAACAUUACCACACUUCCUCUUUUUUAUCUGUGCUACAAGCUGCCUCGUCCCGUGGGUUCCAUUUCCAUCCGACACUGACCAGAGAGUAGCAGGGGUGUUUACGGGUGGGCGGGUCCACUUGUCUCUCACCCACCUCCCUUCCUGUAGGACUGCUCCUUUCUUCUGUGGAGUGACAGAAGCCUGACUAUACUAACGCCGGGAUCUUAUCUCGUCUCCAGAGCUAAUCUUUUAUAAGCCCUGUCAGCAGAUGUGUGUGUGUGUGUGUGUGUGUGUGAGAGGGGGGGGGGUAUACGUAUAUAUGUGGUUGCACAUAUUAGUGCUUUUACACUGUGUAUCUUCCAGUGGGCUUUUCCGUCACUUACUGGAGAUAGAAUGCUAGAGACACUGCGAUGUGUUUAUACUCUGUGGAUGAGUGCGUGUUACUAAGCAGGGAUUUUGCACAUUUUUGUUUCGUUUUUUUUUAACAGUUUAUUUUGGCGACUGUUGGGCUCACCAUUACACCUUAGCUUAGGGAAGGGGGGGCGGGGGGGGCUAGCUGCAAAAACAACGAGACUGCUCACGCUUUUGACACACUCCGGUCUCAUUUGACUUUCUCCAAGGAGAACUACUCCUCGUCUGGGUGGUGGGAAUGAUUGACAGGACCUGCUCCAUGUUGGUGUGCAACCUUGCGUGUUUUAUGAACUGAUAGCGUCAGUAUUCAGCAGUGUUGAGGCACUGUUUUGAUUUCUUUCUAGGGUCAAAGGGAAGAGGGUGUGUGUGUGUGUGUGCACGAGAGAUGAUCAGCCGCCCCAUUACGUGCGCUCCCAUUUGGGUGUAGUUUGGCUCCGCCGUGCGUGGGUGACGAGCUGCACCGUGAAGAGUGGAUUUACUGUGACUUAACCGUCCCCAGUGACUGGCGCGCGCACACCCAUGCAAACACAAAUACACGCUUGUGCUGGUCUUCUGAUAGCACGGAGGAUCCUGCAGCAGAAGCCAGAGAGGAAGAAGAAGAGGCGCGGUGGUUCUGCACCACGGAGGCGUGUGCUAGCCGUGUUCUCUUCGUCUAGCGUUACACUAACGGAUUAGCCCUCUCUUAGAAGCACAACUGUUACCAAAGUCAUAGCGAUUGCCAUCUCCGAGGAUCUUCACCGCUCAUCUGUUUUGUUUUGUGUUAGCCGAGGCGCACCCCCAUUGUUACUUUUUUCUACGUAGCUAUUUUUAAAGUGUUACUAUCGGAGGAUUACUUGCAGUCUGUAGAAAAGCUGAGUGUCUAGUAAGAGAUGAAUUUGUCUUGUCUCUUUACUUGUCUAUCACUGCCAAUGUUUUUACAGCCCCCCUUGCCCCCCAGUCUGAUUUGCUGUGCGAGGACCCUUCAUCCUUCAUUUAAUUGCAGACCUUUAUUUCUCUCAGGCCAAAGGAGGGGCAGCUUCAAUAGUACAUGAAGCGGAUGAGGCAGAUUGGGUGAUUUCUUUUAUAAAAACGCUUGGUUGAGAAUGGAUGAAUGCAAUACGUACAAACGAAACAAAAAUAUAUGCAAACAAAAAAUAGAUAACGCCUGAUGUGUUUGGCAAAGUUCGAUUUGCUGAUAGUCAUGAUUAUCGUACUGCUACUAGUGAUGCUUUCUGACUCGCCUUGGUUUCACUGCCGCCUGAGUCGGGAAAUAUGAAAGUGUGUGUGUGUGUGUGUGGGGGGGGGGGGGGGGUGGAUUUAAAGAAUGACACUGCAAAUGACCACUUUUUCUGACAGGCUCGCAGCAGGGCAGUGAAGAAUGUGGCCCGAGUGUGGCGAGCUCCUCACUAUGUAUUUACUAUGCUUUUUAUCAAGAGGACUAACCCACCCUGCAGACGCUCUUGUCUUUAUAUGCAUUAAUAGCCACCUUUUUUGUCUUCGUGUCUCGUCUAGUUACCUUCUGUAGUUCUGGGGCAGGCUGCUUUUGUCGGAUACGUGCUCAAUCUGUCGGCAUUAUAACUGUAUAAUAUAAUUUAUCAUGUGUACUAUUGUAACAUACCGUUCUUCUGUUGACCUUACUUUUCAGUGUCUCAAUGGCUUUUUGUAGGAAAGGUCACCGUGGAAUUUAACAGCAUUUAAAACAAAGGAGGCAGCAGGCCGCACCAUGUUGGAUGAGGACAAGCGUAGCUGCAUUGGUUCAAAAUAAAAUGUAUAUCACUUCAGCUCUCU